GUACAAAGACGGCAUCGGCACGCCUAUACACAGUCACGACUCGCGUCUGUCGGGCAGCCGUACGCGCUCGUGGUCGGACAUGAAGACGUUCGGCGAGCGCGUGAGGUUCGACCUUCUGUCGACGCCGUCGUCGCUCGUGCUGGAGCGCCUGCGGCCUGAGGACGCGGGGCUCUACAGGUGCCGUGUCGACUUCAAGAGAAGUCCCACGCGCAACGCCCGCGCCAACCUCACCGUCAUCAUCCCGCCAUCGCCCCCCGAGAUCCUCCUGUCCAGCGGCCAGCCCGUCUACGGCGUCGUGGGGCCCUACGACGAGGGCAGCCAACUGAGGCUCAUCUGCGAGGCCACUGACGGCGAGCCUCCGCCAGAGGUGGUGUGGCGGCUGGGCAGCCACGUGGUGGACAGCAGCUGGGAGUGGCCACGGCCAGGUCUGGCCACCAACACCCUGACCAUCCCUGAGCUGCAGCGUGAACACCUGCACGCUUCACUCGUGUGUGAGGCGCACAACACCAACCUCACCAUACCCGUCACCACCAUCGUCACCAUCGAGAUGAACCUCCGCCCGACCUGCGCUGGAGACCAGACGCGCGUGUACGGCGCGGCUCGUGAGGAGACCAUCACGGUGUCGUGUCGUCUGGAGGCUUCGCCGCCCGUUGUGGCCUUCAGCUGGCGAUUCAAUAGCAGCGGCGACGUCGUCGAUCUCAAAGACGAAUAUGUCGCGUCUGAUGGUCUCAGUUCUCUGCUGCAGUACACAGUCAAGUCGGAACUAGAUUACGGGACCCUUUUGUGCUGGGGCAGUAACGUCCUAGGAAUGCAACAGGAGCCUUGUGUCUUUAGAGUUGUGCCAGCUGAACCUCCGGAUGCUCCCGAGAACUGUACCUUCAGAAACCAACCCAAUGAAACGUUAUCUGUCAUUUGCGAGGCUGGAUAUGAUGGGGGUCUGAAGCAAGAGUUUGUGGCUGAGGUCAUCGACAUGCGAACUCGAAGGUUAUUGCUGAACAUCACAGAGACGACCACUCCUUACUUCCAGCUCGUAGGUCUCGCCGGUGAAACCAGCUUUGUGGUCAGAAUAUACGCCAAGAACUCCAAAGGCCGCUCAGCAAAGAAGAUCAUGCGAGGCUACACUGACAGAGAUUCCACAGAGCGACACAUAGCCCCCGUGAUGGGCCAGCCCUCGGCAAAUAACUUCUCUGACGUGCCUAUCGCCCAAAUUUUGGGAUGCGUCGUCGGUAUCCUCGGGAGUCUUGUCUUGAUAGCAUUGGUCGCCGUGCUCGUCGUGCGCCUCAAGAAAGAUAAGAAACAGCCGUCCAAAAGUAAAGUUACCGCCGCUGAAACUAAAGAAGAGGAUCCUGAUCUGAUCCCCAAUAGAGGUGCGGCGGACGACGACACGCGUCUUACAGCAACGCCCAUCGAAGGAGGAUUUGGCGACGUUCACAGCCUCAGGUCGUCUGAGAAACAUUACUCGCAG